GUAUUAGCAUUCUCUCAAGGGCUCUUACCACUGUUUUGGAUAUAUACAUAUAUAUAAUAUAAAGCUUCUUCAAGGAAGAAUAUAAAAUAAAAGUUGGUGGAUAUAGCUCUCCUUAGCACUCUUUAGCGCUCUUCUCCUUCUACAAUCCUCAUGGCUCUGGAGGCCAACUACUUCAGCGAUUAUAUGGUCGUAAGGCCAGAUAAAGGAGGGAUGGUUGAUCUCUUCUAUCUGUUGUAUUCCUUUGAUGUUUCUGAUAAUAGAUCAAUUGAGUGUCCCAUCGGAACAGAAGUUAAACAAAUAAGACGAAGAUGGGCUAUCUUCAUCUCCCUUCUGCUCCAAAGAACUCUCCUUUUCUGGAGAAAGCCAUUGGCUUGGGUUGGAGCUGCAGUUGAGUUCUGGUUGAAUCUUCUGACUGACAACCAUGGCUUUGGAUCGCUGUUCCUUAACCUCCUCCGAGGGGAUGCUGUGUUUCCAGACAUCAAGUCUUCAACCUACAGAUCAGCUGUUGGUUUCAUUGACACAAGAGUAGAUUUGGACAAAAAAAUUAAACCAACAGAUGAAAAAUACCAUGCAGCAUUGUCUAUCAUGGCUGCAAAACUAUCAUAUGAGAAUGAAACACGCAUCCAGAUCAUUAUUAGAGACCACUGGAAUAUGGAAUUCGUUGAGUUUUAUAGCUGUUGGAAUGAUGAACAAGAAGACUUUACCACGCAAGCCUUUGUAUUCCGUGAUAAACCUGUGGAUGCCGAGUUGAUUGUCGUGGCUUUCAGGGGCACCGAACCCUUCAAUGCAAACCAAUGGUGCACUGAUUUCGACUUCUCAUGGUAUGAGAUCCCACAAGUGGGCAAGAUACAUGGAGGCUUUAUGAAGGCUUUAGGUUUACAAAAGAACACUGGGUGGCCAAGAGAGAUUGAAGAAAGCAAAAAACGACCAUAUGCAUACUAUGCCAUUAGAGAGAAACUCCGGCAUUUGCUGCACCAGAAUGAGAAGGCAAAAUUUUUAGUUGCAGGCCACAGCUUAGGAGGGGCAUUGGCGAUUCUUUUUCCGACGAUUUUGGCAUUGCAUGAGGAAACUUGGUUGUUGGCUAGGUUGGAGGGGGUGUACACAUUUGGACAACCAAGAGUAGGAGAUGAGAAACUAGGAGAGUUUGUGGAGAAGCACCUAGACAAGCCUAAGCAGAGGUAUUUCAGAUUUGUUUAUUGCAAUGACAUGGUACCCAGGUUGCCUUAUGAUGGCUCCACUCUUUUGUUCAAACACUUCGGAUCAUGCCUCUAUUACAACAGCUUAUACAAAGUAAAGGUAAUGGCUGAGGAACCAAACAAGAAUUACUUCUCAUUAUGGACAGUGGUACCCAAGUAUUUGAAUGCAGCAUGGGAGCUUAUUCGUAGCUUCCUAAUUGGAUAUGUAGAGGGAUCAGAAUACAAGGAAGGAUGGCCAUUGAAAUUAUUUAGAACUUUUGGAUUGGUGAUCCCAGGCAUACCUCCACACUUUCCUCAAGAUUAUGUCAACUCCACAAGAUUGGGGACAUCACUAAUACCAGGCUAUGUAACUGAAAGCAUUAAACUAGACUAGAAUGUAACUUUCCAUGAUUGUAGGGUAGCUGAAGUGAAGAUAGUUGGUGACUCCUACACCAUCGAGUCCUAUUUCUUUUGAUAACCUCCAUCUAUUUGCAAAUUUGCAGCAAAUCAUGAGUUUAAAGAGGCUAAUUUCCUUGCGGAUUGGCCGGCAAGUAGAGAUUUCGAUUAUGAUACUGUUCAUCUAGAGUUAUCCUUGUUACUACAAGGAGAUUGUAUGGGACUUUGUUAUUCAUGGUCUUGUGGAGGCCAUGUAUAAGAGUAUUCUUCAUUUUUUACCAAAAAAAAAAGAAAAAUAGAGAGAGAAAAGCUAGUAGGUGAAUUUGUGG